AUCUUUUCCAACGGCCGUUUACGAUUAUGUUUACAACUUGUGAAUUUGUGAAUUUAUUACUGUAAUAUUUCCAUGAAAUAGACCAACAAAAUGACACUUGUAAUUAGCAGUGAUAUGUUGGCAAAGUUAUCUCACGAAAUCCUGGAAAUCCGAGUCCGAACGCUGCAUGACAUCGAAAACAAAGUCAAACGGGCCCUGUGGGAACAUGAGGACAUCAAAUUCAACCCCUCUUCGCUGGUGAAAAAUCUGAUCCGUUGGUUCGGAAACGUUCCCAUCUGCGAGGAGGCUGCAGUGCUAGAACUGAUGUCGUUGCUUCUUGCGAGUCACCAUGGUUCGAGCAUUGUUAACUAUUUCACCAGCAAACGAUUAAUAACCGAGAUGGGAAAAGUAAAAUACCUGGUUGGUUCAAAGUCAGAACUUAUGGAACUCGUGGACAACAUCAUUCAGUUGGUAAACGACUUUAAAGAAACAGAACGAUCUAGAAAUCCUGAAAGCAUUGCCGAGAGCCUUGCAAGUUUGAAAAUCGAAUGCGUCGAUCUGACGGAUUCGCCCCGACAAAGUCUGAGCGUCAAUCAAGCAAAAGGUCCAAACUAUUACACCAAAUGUUGGGAAGUUCCUCCGCCUCCUGACGCUAAAGUAUUUAAAGAUCUCAACGAGUCGUUGCAUCCUCAAGGGGAUGAGAAAGUUAUCAAACACGCCUUCAGCUAUCUGGUACGUUCCAUCAACGACUACCCCCCGGAGUUCUUUCUACAACCUCCGUACGUUUUACAUUCUCUAAUUCGCCUACUGGAUGCGAAACGGGCAAGUUUGAGGACUACGAUCGAGAUGUUCCACCGACUAACCAUUUCGAUUCAGAAGCGUUUGAAAUCACUACAGUUGACUAGUAUGUACAUCUACCAGGAUACAAAAAAACAAUGCCUAGAAGAAACCAGUAAAGUCCAAAUAUCAGUAUCUGCUUUCGCGCAUGAAUUGUUCCUUUUGGGAAUCAACAGCCUGAAAGAAGUGUCUGAUGACAUCGACGUACAAGUGUCAAAUAAAAUUGUGAAUCUGCUACAUGAACUCCUAGAACUGACGAUCGUCCAACCACUGGAAGAGUUUCAAUUCCGCGAGAUACGCCACGAACUGGGUUAUCUGGCGAAGCAUUUCCGGCAGAGUUGGGAAUCCAACAGCAAGAGCUUUGCCAUCAGGACAAAGUACCUGGUCACAAUCAACAUCCUUUCUCGUCUUCUUCAAAUUUACAGCGACACACAAUCGCACGAAUCCGCAGAUCAGCAUGCGCCCUUGAAUGACACCUGCUUCCCACACAAACCUCGUUACAACCCGACAGAAUUCGAAACCAUGAACUCGACCAACCAACGGCGGAUAAUCGAAUACGAGGACCAAAUUUGGCUCCAUGAACUGCAGAUAGCGGCUCUAGAUUAUCCCAUGAAGCACAUCUAUCCAUCAAUUCAUGGACCAGUGCUGGAGCUGGCGCUAAAGUCGGAUAGCAAUCGAAAAAUGCAAAUUCUUCUCGGGGCUGAUGAGAUACUCGCUCCAGCUAUUGCAAUUCUUCGGCAACCGACUGCCCUGACGGAUGAGGAACUAGUCAUGAACGGGCUAAAUGCGAUCGAUUCGCUGUAUCUGCAUCGUUCGAUAGGGUUGGUGAAGCUAUUGAUCCGAGCGGUGGGAAACUGCCACGGGUACUUCGAAGGCAAUUACAAGCUCAGAGAUGCUGCUGAAAAACUCAUUCUCCGCUUACUAUCACAUUCGGAUGAGCGCAUCAAAAGCGCUGCUUACGAUCAGUGCAAUGUCGUUAUGAAGGACUUCAUUAGUUCGCUGGACGAGGGAGCCAUACUGACGCAUCGCAAAGGAAUGCCCAAGGCGGAGGGUAAGCUUGCGUCCCUUGGCAUACCCUUGUCGGUGGAAAUUCUCAUCGAAGUCAUCUGCUUCGGGUACUGCAGUGCGAAUAGGAAGAUUCAACAGCAAGCGGAAACCAUUCUCCUGUUCGUACUGAAUUCCCGCGCCUUCCUGUUGGACCGAUGGACCGAUCUUCUGGACAUAAUCGCUCCGGUCCUUCCGCUGCUCCAAACGAUCGGCAUCAUCAAAAUACAAUCGACACUCUCACGAGCCAUCUUCGUCCUGUUGCACCCCGACUCCCGCCUCUCGCCGGUCGAUUUACUCCGAGGAAAUCUGCGCUACCUCUUCCAGGAUGAUCCAGAAGUUCGCGAGGAAGCCCUAACCAGGGUGAUGUUCCUAAUGAGCAUCGCACCCAACGCGCACCAGUACUCGCCCAACAUCGAACACAUCCGAGAUACCUUAUCCAAUGGAAUCUGUUUGACGAAAUCCAGGUACGAUGUGGCCAAGCACCUGUCGACGGAUGUGUUUGAAGUGAGUGCGGUGAAGCCUCUGUUGGAUACGCUGGAGCAGGACAACUGCGAUCCCGGGAUCCGCCGAAGUGCACUCAUUCAGCUGAAUGCCAUGGCUGAAGAUCCGAUUCUCUGCGAGAUCAUCCACAAGGCGAACGGGUGGGCGUUUGUGCUACAAGUGCUGGAUAAUGCCUUGCGGGAGCAGCAUUUUCUCGACUACCCGGAUAGCGCCGUGCCGGCAAUAGGCAUUCUUACGAAACUGUGUUUUACCAUUCCGGAGUUUAGGCGCUUCCUUGCGGAUGAUGUGAAUGUGUACUACCUGAUCGUGCGAGCCUUGUUGAGCUUUCAUCAUUUUCCGAUCUUCAAGCCGGAUUGCUGUUCGCUUCUGUUCCUGUUGCUGUUCAGUGAGUAUACCUUGGGAAGCGGGAAAGCAGUGUCGCUUCCGGUGAUUUGUCAGAACUACAGGAUUCCAUUUGUCUGUGAGUACCACUGGAAAUGCAGUCCGUUUAACGAGUUGAGUUAUCUGGAGGAGAUUUUCGUUGAUGUUGAAGGAGAAGAUCGUUCUGGGAUGGGAGCAGUUGAGGGAAAUAGCAUCCUACGACGGAGUGGGCCGUGUGGAAUCGAAUGUGCGACUUCGCGGAUGCGAAGAUUGGAGACGAGCGGUGGCGAAAGUAUGAAUCAAACGACAGAGAGCUCCGUUUAUUUGCACAGCUAUCGUCAGGUUGCUUGGCAGUAUCUUCGGCUAGCGUUUGCGUGUCAGUGGUUCGAUGCUUUCGAAAAUGUUCUGAUCAACGCUAAGCGAUCCCGGCAAUCGCCGGGGAAAGAAGGUGCCCUCAUUGUGGACUACAAUCUGCUUCCACCUCAUCUGAUCUCUCCGAAGCGAACUGACGAGGACGAAGAGGUGAUCGUUUUAGAUGACAGCUCGCUGGAGUUCGAUCGAGCGUUACACCUCGCCAAGCAGGACCUGAACAUGAUCCGAACAUCUCAAACGGAUGAAAUCUUCCGUAACAGUUUGAAAGCAAUCGCUGCAGCUGCUUCCCAUGCCGAGGUAUCCAUUGGGCUAGCGGGACUGGAAAGUAACUUGAUAUUGCCUAUGAAGGAGCAAAUUUUACAUAACUCAAUCGUGAAGCAUCUGAAAAAGUUCGUUCUAACGCCUCCGAAUACUCCAGCCGAUGAGCAGUUGUUGAUCGACGUGUUCAAUCUGCUGGGAGAUUUGAUUCAAAUUGGAUACGAAAAUGUGUUAGUUUGGAUCGUGUCUUUGCUGUUCGAACAAACGAGCAUAUUCAUCCAGUUGCUCAAAUCGGAAACCUGUUCAGAGGAGCUGUUCAUGAAGAAUGUCGAUUUCAUACAGAUAGUACUGCAGGGGGCUCUGGCUUGUGAAAAUCCAAACGUUACGAGUCUGCUAAUCAAUGCAGAAGGUUUUCAAAUGAAGGUCAAACGGGAGCACAACUUCAAUUUGUUGAACAGACUUUUCGAAAUCAUUACAAGCCGCUUGGACAGUGAUCUGCAGAAAUGCAACAUUGGCAAAAUGAUUUCACUGAUCAGUUUGGCCAGGGUGAUCGUUCAUAGCGCUUUGAUCGAAUUCGAGAGUAAAUUCCUCAAUCACGUGAUCAACAAACUGUGUUCGUAUAUCACCCGGAUCGGAAUGAUCACCUAUUCGGGUUCGACGAUCAUCAAGAAUUGCUUGAUCAUCAUAUCGCUGCUGUUGGACCAAAUGCGAGAAGUUCAUCUGAAAACAAAGCACUUCAAGGUGAUAGCCAUGCAAUGCAGCCAUACCAGUAUUCUGAUCCGAUCAUGUGCUUGGAACGUGCUAGCAAAGGUGGCCAAAUUUCUGUCUGGGGCUCACUCGAUCAUCAAAGAAUGCGCGUACUUACCCGGCGGAAUCCAUGCGUGCUGCAUCAACACGAUCCUCGAUCCGGAGGAAGCCAGUUUGGUUAAGGAAUCUGCAGCUGGUCUGUUAAUAAAUUUGCUGAGCCAUAAGGGCGAUAAGGAUGGUCCCCUGCAUAAGUACGUGAUUCCUUGUGAUAAAGUUAGCAACCAUCUAAGCGAUGCGGAUGCCCUGGAAACGGUGUUUACCGUGCUGAGGAAACAUCGAUUCUUCGAACAGGCGUUGGAGUCACUUCAGAACUUUACCACCCGAGAUGAAAUGGCAGUUGGAGAGUUCGACGGGAUCCAGAUGGUCAACUGUGAUGUGGUCAAAAGCUACAGUAUGAUUUUCUCCUGUCUGGUGGACCUAGUACCGGAACUGAUUGAUCACUUAACUGAAAAAUGCUGUCUGCAGCGGUUGAUGAACUGCGUCUCAAACGUUCCUUUGCAUCCGGAAAGAUCCGCUCUGCUGAUGGUGUCGGAAGUGUGCAAUCUAAUGAUGCGCUGCCUAAAGCAUAAAAAGGAAGAAAUCUGCGAACUCAUUUCCCCCUAUCAGGCGGUAAUUGGUGGUGUGAUUUAUCUACUGAAUGCCGACCUAUAUCAAAAUUACGAUGAAAAAGUGUUCCGUGAAGUCACCGGGAACAUUAUGCAGCUCCUGAAUGCAAUGGUCGUCCAAAAGGUUGGCAAUCAGCUCAUUACUGGUGUACUAUCGGAGCUGAAAUUGGAACCUUUAAUACGGCUGCUCAUUCGAGGGAUUUCCAAUCACAAACAGAAAGACUACCAAAUAGCAUGCCUCCGCUUUCUGACAUUGCUAGUUGUGACUUCAAACUCCAGUGCCGCCUCGGUCUGUGAAUUCCAAUCGUUCCUAGGUUUACUGGAGACUGUCCCGGUCGCGAAUGCCGCAAACCAUUCCCAACAAUCCACUGCUGCAGCGGAUACCCUACCUGUGAAAUCAAUCCAACGGUUGCGCCACCUAUCCGACGGUUUCUCCUCGGAUGAGGAUCAAGAAAACCACGACCCCAAUCGAGUAAGAAAACGUCUCACAGCCCCUGUGAAACCGGACGAUUCGCACACUCCCCAAACCGGCAGCGAAUGUAUCUUUGCCGCCCUGAUGGAACAAUUUCAAAUUUCUUGCUUGAAGGAUAAACCCGAAAAUGGUGCCUUGCUUUCCACGUUCCAAAAGAGGACGCUCUUCUCCGCGAUCCAAGUGAUGUUGCAUCAAUCGGAAAAGGCACGAAAAGUAGCCAGAACGAGAAAGUUUCUCGAAAUGCUGCUCGAUCGCUUGGAAGCUAUCUACAGUGGCAUCGGGAUCAACUAUCAAGACUUUGUUAAAAAGUUCGGUGAAGGUCGAAAGGCCCCGGUCGUGGAGGAACUGUCGUUCAUAGCCGGCAUUCUUUCGGCGUGGUUCGUUCGGGACAUUCUGGUGCACCAGGCUAAUAUCAACUACAUCUGCCGAUUGUUCCUGCAGUUUUGGCCGUGGAUCAAGAGCAAUCGUGAGUUGGAAGCUGCCUUCAUGAAGGCAUUGGUUUGCCUCACAGAAAAUUCGAUCGUGGUUUGCAAGAGCCUAUCCAUUCCCUAUGCAGGACAUCCGCAUUCAAUUCUGAAACUUACCAUUGCAGCGGUAACAGCCGAAACAGGAAAGGUGAAGGGACCGAACAGCGAAAUCACUCUGUUGGGUCUCUGUUUGAGGGUGCUGAUGAAUUGUUGUUCCUGUCACGAGGGUCGAGUGAUGAUCACCAAGUUCAAUGUGCUGGACAACAUGAGCAAAUUGCACCCGGCCGUUACGAAGUUGCAGAAACCGUGGGUCACGGUGACCAAACUAUGGUUGCAGUUUUGGGAGAUCUACACGAGGCACAGUGAUGUCACCGAAGUCAAACAUCUAACAGUGCUGGGAGCGUUCAUCCGGAAGUCAACUCCCGAGCUCCGUCGUCUAUCACUGGAGAUCAUGCGCAACAUGUCGUUCGUCAACAACAAUCGACCGGCGCUGCUUGCCUCCCAGGAUUACAUGUACGCUCUAAAAUCCGUCCUGGACGAAACGGAUCCGGCCGAGCAGCUGCUUGUGGUAAGUUCCAUUUGGAAGAUAAUUGCCAACAACAACAAAGGCAAAAGUGCCAUUAAGAGUAGCCCCAUCCCGAGAAGACUGAACGCUUUGCUCAAACAGCGUUCCUUGCUGGAGCGCUGCGAAGAUGAUGAUCUCUUCAACGUACUUAACAUAACGGUCAAUCUCUUGAAUUCAUAACAAACAGCGGUUUAAG